AUGUGGUCUGAUUUGGCUCAUGAAAUGACGGCAGAAUUUCGUGGUCUAUGUGCCGAAGAGGCGUAUCUCCAGCAAGACCUUGAAAAACUACACGAUUUGAGAAACAAAGUGAAACUGGAGGGCGAGAUCUGGGAUGGGCAUGUAUCUAGCUCCAGCCAGAAUUCACACAUAGUUCAAAGAGCAACUCGAUUGUGGGACUCAUUGUUAUCUCGCAAGAGUCAGCAUGAGGUCCUUGCUUCAGGCCCAAUUGAGGAUGUUAUAGCUCAUCGUGAGCAUAGGUAUCGAAUCUCUGGGUCAUCUUUGCUAGCAGCAAUGGAUCAGAGUUCUUUAGUUUCUAGUGAUAUGUCUAUGCAUUUGGAUAAUGAGGAAAAGGAGAGUUCACAAGAUGAUCUUAACAAAGAGAACAAAAGCAAGUCAGAUUUUUUGCCUAUUAAUGGGGAUGAAGAAAAAUUUUCUCGACUUGAUGAGAGAAGUACGAGAGGGCAACCUACUGUUGAUAUUGCUGAAAUCUUGAGACGCUGGACCCAUGCGUUGCAGCGCGUUUAUAAGCAAUCACUUCAACUGGCGAAAGUCAAUGAUGGAGAAGGUCCAGAGCUUCUACGGAGUGUGCACGAUGGUAGUACUAGCAGUCGUGCUGAAUCAUUGGCGGCAACACUGGCUGAACAUAGGCAGCACCUAGACAGCAUACAAGUGCUAAUUAAUCAGCUAAAGGAUGUUAGUCCAAACAUACAAAAUUCAAUAACAGAACUUAUGGAGGAAGUCGAUAGCAUAUCAUCCAAUCUACCUCCUGUCAUGAAGGUUAGAUCAAGCUCAUUGGCGCAGGCGCAGAGCAAUGGGAGGACGUUGGCAAGUAGUACUGAUGAGGAAUUGGCCUCCUGGUUGUCAUCUGUUUAG